AGAUGAGAAAUAUUAUAACACUUCGUCUUCAAGUGAAGAACCCCAUCCCACUCAAAGCCACCGAAACGUUUCGAGCCCACUCCUGCACCGCCGCAGCCAUCUACCGGAGGAUCCACCGACAAUGUCGGCGGCGACCGGGAAGCCACCGCUGCAGCCACAGUCGCCGCCUUCUUGGCCACUUUGCUCGCUCCAGGGAUCGCUCCUCGGCCUCGCGGUCCUCACCCUGAUCUCCUUCGUCCACCUCUCCCUCAGCUCCGUCCGGUUCCCUCUCCAGAGCUCCGGCGCCACCUCGGUGAAGCUUAUCUCCCAAUUCUACAACGCCUCGGUUAACAACGUCCUCUCCGAGGACUUCGAAGAUCUCUCGGAUGUCUACCACUUGCCGGAGAUCUUCAGGGUGAAUUAUGCGGCGAUGGAAAGGGAUUUUAAGGUUUAUAUCUAUCCCGACGGCGAUCCUGACACCUUCUAUCAGACUCCGAGGAAGCUCACCGGGAAGUACGCCAGUGAGGGAUACUUCUUUCAGAAUAUAAGGGAGAGCCGGUUCCGCACGGAGAAUCCCGACGAGGCCGACCUCUUCUUCCUUCCGAUCUCUUGCCAUAAGAUGCGAGGAAAGGGCACGUCUUAUGAUAAUAUGACCAUAAUAGUCCAGAACUAUGUGGAGAGUCUGAUUGCCAAGUACCCUUACUGGAAUAGAACCUUGGGAGCGGAUCACUUUUUUGUCACUUGCCAUGAUAUCGGGGUGAGGGCAACUGAAGGUGUCCCAUAUCUUAUAAAGAAUGCGAUCAGGGUAGUCUGCUCCCCAAGCUACAAUGUCGGGUUCAUUCCCCACAAGGACGUUGCCCUACCCCAAGUGCUGCAACCAUUUGCUCUUCCUGCUGGAGGAAAUGAUGUCGAGAACAGGACACGUCUUGGUUUUUGGGCUGGUCAUAGGAAUUCUAAAAUCAGAGUCAUACUGGCACGUGUGUGGGAGAAUGAUACCGAGCUUGACAUAUCCAAUAACAGAAUAAACAGGGCAACUGGACAUCUCGUAUACCAAAAGAGAUUUUACAGGACAAAGUUUUGUAUAUGUCCAGGUGGAUCCCAAGUCAACAGUGCCCGAAUUACUGAUUCAAUCCAUUAUGGAUGCAUUCCUGUGAUCUUAUCGGACUACUAUGACCUUCCGUUCAACGAUGUCCUCGACUGGAGAAAAUUUGCUGUUGUACUAAAGGAGGCUGAUGUGUAUGAUCUGAAGCAAAUACUGAAGAACAUAUCAGAUGACCAGUUUUUGCAACUGCACAACAACUUAGUGAAGGUCCAAAAACAUUUCCAGUGGAAUACACCACCAAUUAAGUAUGAUGCCUUCCAUAUGGUCAUGUACGAGCUGUGGCUCCGCCACCGGGUUGUCAAGUACUGAUUCUGGGAAGAAGGGAUGGAACUCGACCAGUCUCUCAAUUCUCUAUGCCCUUGAAGGUUCAUGGUGGUCCCACUCUCGACGACAAACUUUUGUAUAUUGUGUCGUAUUACUCUCUUCUUUGCCUUUCCUCCUUGGCCUUCGGGGAGCAACUGGAAAUGAACUUAAUUGGGACUUAGUAAAGGAAAGGAAAAGCGAGGCGAUAGCUCAGUGAUUUGAUUUGUUAUGUGUUGAUUUUUUCCCCACCUGUAAGUAGCAUCUUUAUGCGUCUUUAUUUAGAGGAAAAUGACACCACUUUUGUUCUUUGAGAAUUCUUUUGUAACAUCAGCAGGAUCAUAUCAAACAUGACCAAAAUCUAUCA